AUGCUCCGUUCCGCCAUCGUCCGCUCGCUGAGAGCUUCCGUGCCUCGUGCUGUCAGAACCCCGGCAUCUUUCCAGAUCCGUAGCUCCCCCAUUGCUCGCCCGGCUCAAUUCACCCCUCGCUUCGCCUACCAGGGUGUCCGUCUCUACUCUGCCCCCGCUGGCCUGAACAAGGAGGAGGCUGAGGGCCGGAUAGUCAACCUCUUGAAGAACUUUGACAAGGUUAACGACGCUAGCAAGAUCAACGGCACCUCCCACUUCUCGAAUGACCUCGGAUUGGACAGCUUGGACACUGUUGAGGUUGUGAUGGCUAUUGAAGAGGAGUUCAGCAUUGAGAUCCCCGACAAGGAGGCCGAUGCUAUCCACAGCAUCGACAAGGCGGUCGAGUACAUCCUUGCUCAGCCUGACGCCCACUAA